AAAGUUACUGUACUUGGAAACAUUAACGGGACUUGGAAGUGACUUCUGCUGACAAAAGCAACACGGAGAGAAAGAGACUGAGCAGUGGAGUGAGUCGAUAAAUAUCGCCCUGGGGCUGUGUAACACUCCUUCUAUGCUGCUGAAGAGAGGCCCAGACGCUCCAGGAUGGAUUCAGCACUUCCCAGCCAGAGCCAAGUGUUGGACCUGCUUGAACCAGACAGUGAGGAGCUCCAGCUCAGAGUGGACUUCUUCAGGAAACUGGGUUACUCCUCAGCGGAGGUGAAGGCUGCUCUAAGGAAGCUGGGCCUGAGCACUGACACCAACUCGGUGCUGGGUGAGCUGGUUCUGAGCAGGACCGGCGCUGAACCCUGCAUGUCCAGUUCUGACACUGAUGAGAUCAGCACCGGCCAAAAGGACCCACUGCUGCCUCCCAGCUGGGCUGUUGAACCCUGCAGAAUCACCCCACAAUUCGGGGACCGGAGGAAUACGGACACAGAAUUGAGGCCCAUUGUUAUUGACGGCAGCAAUGUUGCAAUGAGUCAUGGGAACAAGGAAGUGUUCUCAUGUCGCGGCAUACAGCUUGCGGUGAACUUCUUUCUGGACAGAGGUCAUAAUACUAUUACUGUCUUUGUUCCGACUUGGCGCAAAGAGCAGCCCAGACCUGAUGCCCCCAUAACAGAUCAACACAUCCUGAUGGAGCUUGAAAAACGGAAAAUAGUGGUCUUCACUCCAUCGCGCCGGGUCGGUGGUAAGCGAGUGGUUUGCUAUGAUGAUCGCUUCAUUGUGAAGGUGGCGUAUGAGUCCGAUGGAGUGAUUGUAUCCAAUGACACCUACCGUGACCUUCAAGGAGAAAGACCUGAGUGGAAGAAAUGCAUCGAGGAGAGGCUUCUCAUGUUCUCCUUUGCAAAUGACAAGUUCAUGCCCCCAGAUGACCCUCUGGGUCGCCAUGGCCCCAGUCUUGACAACCUCCUUCGGAAAAAGCCGCUGCUUACAGAGCAAAAGAGACAGCUCUGUCCUUAUGACAAAAAGUGCACUUACGGGAUCAAAUGUAAGUUCUACCACCCAGAGCGCUCAAACCAGUCCUACCUGUCCUUGGCUGAUGAAUUGAGAGAGAAAGCCCAGAUUUCUACUGUAAAAGAAGAGAGGAAUGCCAGAUCAUCACCCCGACAGCUUCAGUCUGAUCCUGGUCCUGCUCAUAAUGCAUUUUCUCAUCCUAAAGACUCUUACACAGAGCACAUAAGAGACCAGCAAAGUUAUUCACAUCCCGGUCUGGUUCGUGAAAAUUCACUGCUGUACUGGGAGGAACCUAGAAAAAGUCCAAAUCAUAUGCCUUGUCCUGUAACAGGAAGCCAGUCUCAGAAAGAGUGGCCUGGGAUGCACUCCAUGCCAAAUCAUUACUAUAGCAACAUCUCUCACGAGUAUCUGGAUUCUGGCCUUGGCUCUUAUGAGAGUCAGUACUCUGACUAUUCACAUUGCCUCAGCAACUCCCACAGGAUCAGGCCUCAGCAGCAAAGUGCCCUCGCUGGGCCCAGACAUGCCCCAGUGCAUUCAGAGAAAAAUAACACCAGCCAGUCUUGCAGCUGCUGUUCCCAUGUAGUACCAGCUCACCGGCAACAUCAUGGAGACCAGGACUGCAAGGGCCAACCCAAAUACGACCCCUACCCUCCACACAUGUUCCCGGCCGGUGUGCCACACCAAAACAGCCUCCCCAGCCAUCUCCAUUACAGUGGAACCCCACAUCAUCAGCAACAUUACUGGUCGGAUCCCUUUCAGGGGCUACCCCAAGCCAGAACAUCAUGUAGUCUUCCCCCUUCAGCAAAUUCCUCACACCCUCAAAACGGCUCUUACAAGGGCCAACAGUACAAUUCCUGGGGCCAACAACAGUCGUCCUCUGCUGCAUACGACCCACAAAGGUUGGAACUCCGCAAGAAGCUGCAAGCCAUCUUCAACCCACAGCAGGUGGAUACAGUCAUGGAAAUGUUUCCACAUGUGAUGAAUGCGGAGAAACUGGCUGCAGAGAUCCUCAACCUGAAGGCUCAGAGAGGGAUAUUCUGAUAAUUCCUCUGAUGAUUUUCUUCCCUGGUAUCUUCCUCCAUCAAAACUAACAUGAUACUUGUGUUGACUCUUUAUCAUAGCAAACAAGAAAGCUUUGAAGAGGCUUUAAAAGUGUUUAUAGUUGAGUGAUUUAAUAUCUCAUUGAAAGAUGUUUAAUUCUGUGCCUUUACAGCUGUGCAAUUUGCCUUCCUAUUUAUGCAGUCAGUUAUACGCAUUUGUAUGACAUUGUACCCAAAUGUGACCCUAUCAUCCAAUGUUUUGGAUGUAAAGUGCCUCUAGAACAAAAUAUUUAUGACUGAGUUUCUAGAGUUUUGACUUUUGAUGCAUAUUGCAUCAAAUGUGAUACAUUCUUAUCUUUUUUCUCGUGCAUUAAGGCAACGCUGUAUAAAGUAUUACAUUUUAUUUUACUUUCAAUAUAGUUCUCCAGAACAGCUUGUUGUUCAAUAUUAUCUCUCUGAGGUGAAGCUACACAAUAUUACAAUAUGCUGUGGCCUGCCAAUGCAUUCAGUUGGUGUCAAUUCAGUCGAGGAUCUGGGCUCCCACACUGUAUUUAAAAUGAAACCUAACCUACCAAGGAAAAUGAGAAGACUUUGACACUUGCAAAAGGAAUUUGUUGGUGUGUCACCACCCUUUCCUGUAAAUCACCAUCAGUUUCAUGAAAUAUUCUCAGAACAAGUGUUGCUGUAAUACUAUACGUGUAUUUGGAUAACUGUGGGAUUGUAAAAUGACAAUCAAAUGUGGAAUUUAAUCUCAUAAACAUGCAGAUUUAUGUUCUCUUAGAAACUGACUAUGUACAUGUAUCCUGUGAGAUUAAUGCAUAGUUGGCGUAUGUCGGAUUAAAAUAAAA